UAUGACUGCGAAGAUCCACAAGAUCAAUUAGAAGACCAUCAUAAUAAGCAUUCUGGUCGAUCAUUAGUUUUGGUCAUACUCGUGGUCUGCGUUACCAUUUCAUUGGGUUCUGUUGGGAUUGGAAUAUGUAUUUUCCGUGCCAGGCAUCAUGGCAAGCUUGAAAAUAAGGCCACAAAAAAUGGAGACUUGUUCUCAAUUUGGAACUAUGAUGGUCAAAUUGCAUUUGAGGACAUCAUUGAAGCCACAGAGGACUUUGAUAUCAGAUAUUGCAUUGGAACCGGCGCUUAUGGUAGCGUCUACGAAGCACGACUUCCAAGUGGCAAAACUGUUGCAUUGAAGAAGCUUCACAAAACAGAAUCAGAAAAUCCAUCCUAUUACAAGAGCUUCUGCAAUGAAGUUGAGGUCUUGACAGAGAUUCGCCACUGCAACAUCAUUAGGCUUUAUGGCUACUGUUUGCAUAACAGAUGCAUGUUUUUGGUGUAUGAAUACUUGGAAAGAGGAAGCUUGUUCUGUAACUUGGCUGAUGAGAUGGAAGCACAAGAGUUGAAGUGGAGCAAGAGGGUGAAUAUCAUCAAAGGGACCGCUUAUGCUCUUGCUCACAUGCAUCAUCACUGUCCUUCUCCUAUUGUUCAUCGAGAUGUCAGCAGCAACAAUGUUCUGCUGAAUUCAGAGUUAGAAGUUUGUGUCUCAGAUUUCGGCACAGCAAGACUUCUUGAUCCUGAUUCAUCUAACCAAACUCUUUUAGUUGGCACUUAUGGAUAUGUUGCUCCAGAAUUGGCAUACACCAUGAGUGUGACAACAAAAUGUGAUGUUUAUAGCUUCUGAGUGGUGGCAUUAGAAACAAUGAUGGAUUAUCACCCAGGAGAAUUCAUUUCCACCAUGUCAAAGCCAUCUACUCAACAAUUAUUGGUGAAAGAUGUGUUGGAUCCGCGGAUUCCACUUCUGAAAUCUCGGAAAGAUAUGCAAGAUGUUGUGCAUGUUGUAAAGCUAGCAUUAGCAUGCCUCUCCUCUGACCCAAAAUCCAGACCAUCAAUGCAGGAUGUGGCUAAUGAGCUUUCAGCUUCCAAGGCUUCAAUGAAUUUUUCUUUUUACGAUGUCUCAAUCUACCAAUUGAUGCAAUAGCAUGUACAUAUGAUUGUAUUUUAGUAACAUAUGUUUUAAGAUUGAAAAUUUUAAGUUUUAGUGGGUGACAAAAUAAUGCAACAUCGAAAAUUUUAAGCCUAUAACUAUGA